GUGUCCCGGUGGCCGACAUCUUCCCGAUGGAACCACCAACCUUGGGUGAACCCAACACCUUGGUGUGUCUGGUGGGGAACAUCUUCCCACCAGCGCUGGAGAUCAACUGGCAGCUGAAUGGUGUCACCGUCACCGAGGGGGUGACCCACACCCAGUACACCCCCACCGAUGACCUGGCCUUCGUCCGCUUCUCCUACCUCCAGGUGACACCCACCACCGGUGACAUCUACACCUGCAUCGUCACCCGCCAAGGGGACAACACCUCCGUCAUCGCCUACUGGGUUCCCCAGAACCCCGUCCCCACCAAGGUGCUGGAGAUGGCCUUGUGUGGCGCCGCCAUCACCUUGGGCGUCCUCUUGGCUCUCCUGGGCGUGGUCAUGAUCGUGGUGACACGACGGAGCAAUGACG